AUGACUCAAAAACAAAGGUACAAACUAUCAAGCCAAUUAAAAUUUAACUAUGAUGAUAUCAGUGAAUGUACAAAAAAUGUUUCGGAAGCAUUAAACAUGAUUAUUAAGCAUCGAACAAAAGAAAUAAAUUUUAUGAUCUUGGCAAAAUCGUUUUAUUCAAUACUUUCGUGCGGAGAUGUCAUUGACUACAUGAACAAAGUUAAUGAUAUGAUUAGAGAAACAGUCACAAACAUUUAUCUUGAAGCAAAAAAGCCAGAAUCAGAAACAGUAGUUUCAUAUCUUGAAUUUCUUUCAUCAAUAUACGAUUCCUAUUCUUAUUUCAUGCGUCACACUACGGCAAUUUUUUCUCCAUUUGAAACUCAAUUAAAUCAAUACAACUGUAAAAUUCAAUUUUUCCAAGAUAAUCUUGGUACACUCAUCGAUACUCUCAAAAAGGAAAAGAUUAUGAACAAUUUUGCAAAGUGCUACGUUGAUCAUAUCUUUAAUAUCGUUAAAACAACUACUGUUAACGAUAUAGAGAAUGAUGAACGUCUUAAUAUUAUUUACAAACUCAAAAGUAUGCUGAAAUUGAUCGCUUCUUCUCAAAUUGAAAUAAUAAAAUUUGAAAUCAGAGAAAAUUUACCAAAAUUCCUUCUGGAAUGGAUCGAAACACAAGGAUUACCUACUAAUCUUGACGAAAAUACGGAAUCUCUUGAUGAAGAAUUAGCAGAAAACCAAGAUGAUUUAGAUGACCAAUUAAUGGCUACAGUGAAAGCAUAUCCUGAUGCAUGUUACAAUAUAUUGAAGAUUUUAGAUAUAGCGAUAAGUAGAUCAAUUGAUCCGGAAACAGGAAAUGAAACAAUAAAUUUUGCAACUGAAUUUUUCUUAGAUUUAGGCAGAAUGUACACUCACGAGAUACUUAGAUCAGUAUCUAUGUUUUGUUUGGCACGUGAUAAAGACACAAUUGAAGAAUUAUGUGGAAUUUUCAACAAAAAAUGUCAAUUAAAACCAAAAAUUGCAGAAAUUGUUGGUAAAAUGAUAGUUAAUGAACCGCAGGAGUUUAGUAAUAUGUGUGAAGUUGUUAAUUUCUAUGAUUUAUUGUUAAAUACCAUUUUUGUUGGAGAUAAUAGUUUAAUUGAAGCAAUUUCUAUGUAUGUGAACGUUGAUACGAAAGAAUUGAUCAAUAAACUUAAUAUGGAAUUCCAUCAAAUACUAUUCCAAGGUGGAAGUAUCGCUGAUUAUAGUGGAAUUUUAAAAUACAUGUAUUCAAAGGAUGAUUUUGUAUUUGAUUAUGCAGGAUUAUGCGUACAAAGGUUCCUUAUUAAUGGAACUAAGCAAUUACCUGCAGAAAUGGCUGCAAAAUCCGUAAUUGCGAACUCAUCUCUUGUAUUUAGCCAAACAAUCUCUUUAAUUACCCAAAUAAUUGAUGGAAAGAUGAAAUCAGAUGAAAUGGGAUUCCCCAAUGUCCUUAUUCUUUCUACUACUCAUUGGCCAUUUAAAUCUGCUUAUUCGAAACCGAAAUUUCUCAGAGCAAUCACUGAUCCAAUAGAAAUAAGGUAUAAGCAGAUGUUUCCACAGAAUACCAUCACUUUUCCAACGAAUUAUUGGUACAUAACUGUUAGAUAUGAAGGCAAGAAAUGUCUUUUGAGUGGAACAGGACCACAAAUAGAGAUUUUGCUUGCUUUUAAUAGUAAUCAGUUUAUUACUUCUUCAAUGUUUAAUCCUGAAAUACCUGCUGCACUUUCUUUCACUGCAAUUGACUCAUUGACUGAUCAAUCAUGCGAACUAUUGAGAAAAGCAGGAGAAAUGUACUUCCUUAAAACAGAUUUUACUCCUGCAUCAAAUAUAAUUCAUCUGCCAAUUCCUAAGGAAUACGAAGACGAAGAAUCAAAGAAACUAUUCGUUGAUAGAGAUAGAAUUAUAAAUGCUGCAAUCUGUAGAAUAAUGAAACAUGAAAAGACAAUGUUUGAAAAGGAUCUUUGGAAUAGAGUUUAUAUUGAAUUGUCUCAAAAAUUCCCAUUAACUAGAAGCGACUUCUCAAAGAAUUUAGCCCUGGCAAUUUCUCAAGGCUACGUAGAGAGAAAGACAGAAGUAACUCUUGUAUAUAUAGAAUAA